UUCUAUAAUUCAGAAGUCAAUUAGCGGAGCGGAAUAUCCUUUACCCGGAACACCCCUGUUCCACUGGUGGAUCUCCGGCAGGGGACAACCGCCUCAACCGGUGGCGCGCCGCCUUAUCGCGCCCUACUUAGAGAAUAAGCAUAUACUAAUUCAUAGCAUACGCAUCAAUUGAGUUGAAAAAACUCAUAUAGGGGAGCCCUAACCCUAACUGCGACAUGAAUCAGAAGAAGAAGAAGAAUAGCAAUGAACAGCAGCAAUUCGAAUACUGUGAGGUCUGUAGAUUAAACCAAAACCAAGGCCGCCGCCAUAAUUACUUCCCCAACCACAAAACCUCACUCGCCACGCUCCUCACACGCUUCCAAUCCAAGCUCACCGACGUGAAAUUCUUCCUCAAAACUCCGAUGCUUCUUCGCCCUGAGCACGCGCACCAAAAUCGCCUGUGGUGUCCGUUCUGUAGUUGCGACAUUCUGGAGCUCGAUAGCCACUUUGCUUGUGGAAAUGCGAUUGAGCAUUUGGCGAGCGUGGAGCAUUGGAAGAGUGUGAAGGGAUUUAUGUGGAAGUACGGAGGCGGAAUGGACCGCCUCGACUUGUUUCGUAUUUCUGAGGUGGAUUACGCCAAGUGGGAGAAAAAGUGCAGGUCAUUGAAGACUGAAGCUUCUAAAGUCAAAUCAGUUGUACCUGUUGUUGAACCAUUGAAUAAUAUCCACAAUGAACUGAAUGCUGACUGUGUUAAUAGUUUUCAAGAAAAUAAUGUCAAUGUUCUUAAUUUUUCCGUUACAAAUGGUGUUGUGCCUUUACAUAGCUAUACGAAUGAGAGAGCUCAGGUAUCUGGUUCAGUAUUAUCUUCUCUAUCAGAGGCUGGUCCUUCUUUACAUAAUAUGUCUGGGGGCAUACAAGUGAGACAUGCAGAGUACUUGAAGAAUUCAACAGAUUACAUGGAAAAUCGUCAUUGCUCCAAUUCUCUUGCAAGGGAAUCUUCAUCCUGUGGUUAUCUUACUAGUGGAUCUGUUUACCCAGGAGUAAGAAUAGCUAAUGGAGAGGACAUAUCUCUGGGUUUCCCAAAAUUGACGCAAAUUUCUUCUACAUCUCAAGAAGGCAUUGAAGGAAAUGUUCACACUGGAGCACCUCCACCUUGGUUUGAUGCGACAAAAGGAAAUAAGCCUGAUCUUGCAUGGAAACCAGAACUGAGGGGUCAUGUUUCGUCUAAAGCAGGGAAGUCCUCAAAAUUGAACCAAAGACGUGUUGGAGCUGCUUGGGCAGAGAGAAGAAAACUUGAAUUGGAGUUGGAGAGUAAAGGAGGACAUGUUAAUAACAAUUUUGAUGCUAAUUGGCUCCCUAAUUUUGGUAGAGUUUGGCAGUCUGGCACGCGAAAAGAAUCUCGAAAAGAAUUCCAGGCGGAGAAUAAAGCAACCCACAAGGCUGAUCAUCAAUCAGAGAUGCUCAUGCCAUUACAGCCUUAUAUCAGCAAAAGAAUGCGUAAAGAUGCAAGUGAAUGAUAGUUUUGACCAACAAGUUCAACAUCAAGCAAUUGUGUCAAGAGAAUCACAGAUGUAACAGCUCUAUCUGUAUCUUGUUGAGUUAGCUUAGGUAGUAUUCUUUUGGAGAGGGAGAUGAAGUAGAUAAAAACACUAUUGAAAGGAGCUGCAUCACAGCAUAUAUCCUGAAGUUCAAAAUUGUAGCUCAAUCAGCAUUAGUUUUGUCCAAACGGUUGAUGUGUUUUUCAACGCCCUACUACUUCUAACAAAGACACGAAGAAAAUGCAUGUGAAAUUUGAUAGUCCCCAACAACUGUUAUAUGUAUAUCCACGUUUGCUGGCCAGAUUACUGUAAAAUUGAACUAGACAAACAUUUUUAUGAGUAAACUAGAGGAUAAUGUGAUAGUUUGGCAAGUAUGGAUGUUUUCUUCUCUAACUUUUUAAUGAUCAAAUUGCAACUAUUGAUGUUGCAUGAGGUUCAAGGUCAUGGAACACGUUUCCUACAUUUACAUGGUCC